AACUUUAUUCGUUCAUCUGGCAAACAUAUUCUUACACCUAAAAAUAUGGGGUAUCAAAAUAUGGAUUAAUCCAUAUAUGGUAAUUACCACUUCGUUAAUAAUUAUUUUUAUUAGCUUAUAUAAUGAGGUAAUGAUGAUUAUGCUUUAUAGAACACAAUUUUUACUCAAAUUUAUAAUCUGCAUUUGAAUACGAAAAGUCGUCAGGGGAGCCAAACAAUUGCAAUAUCUUAAUAAAAAGGAAAUUAAGUUCAUCCCUAUAUAAAAUGGAAUUUCAGUCUCAAGUUGAGAAGGACGAAGAUGAAGACGCCGUAGCUAUUAACAUUAAAGCAGAACCUAGUAGGUUAGAAGCUAGAUAUUUAAAAAGAUAUCCAUCAGCAGAAGAUACUGAUGAAAAGGAAGUGUCUGGUAAAAAAUGUAAUUCAGAUAUGGCAUGCGUAUGUUAUCGAUUAAAUCGAUCCAGAUCAGCAGAUGAUUUUUUAUUUGGCAAAGCUGACUUGUAUGAUAAAAGAACAGUUGAAUUGAAAGAAGAUCAUUAUAAACUAAUUAAAUUACAUGAAGAAAUAGCCAAAAUGCGAGAAAAAAUUCACAUCAUUGAUACGGAAUGUUACUAA